UUGAAUAAAAGCCUUUUAGAAGCAGCGGCUGUUACGAGAGUGCAGUUCGAUACGAACAAAAGCAACAAGUAACAAUACCUGCAUUGUACACGAAACGAGACCGCGGGUCAAGCUCGUUUUCUUUGGAACUUGAUUCCCUUCCGCGGCGCGUUGGCGCAAGGAGACCAUAGAGACGGCCCGGUUGUUGGGGAGAGCAACGUCCCCGCUUUUGACCGAAGAACCCAGGCGGAGUGAUCUCGAAAUUUGGGCGCACACAGCCGCUUAGCUGCGGGAAGAGCGAGCCGACAAACGGACGAGUGAAUAAGAAGACGGCGAUUGGCGUAAUUUAUCUACGCAGAGAAUUUAAUAGCUCCUUUAAUCUCAAAUAAAAAAAUGGCUGAUCAGCUAACCGAGGAACAGAUUGCAGAGUUCAAGGAGGCGUUCUCACUUUUUGACAAAGAUGGUGAUGGUACCAUUACCACCAAAGAGUUGGGCACAGUCAUGCGAUCUUUGGGCCAGAACCCUACAGAGGCAGAGCUUCAGGACAUGAUUAAUGAAGUUGAUGCUGAUGGUAACGGAACAAUUGAUUUCCCCGAGUUCCUCACCAUGAUGGCAAGGAAGAUGAAGGACACAGACAGUGAGGAGGAAAUUAGAGAAGCCUUCAGAGUUUUUGACAAGGAUGGAAAUGGCUACAUCAGUGCUGCAGAGUUGCGUCAUGUCAUGACAAACUUGGGUGAAAAGUUGACAGAUGAGGAGGUAGACGAGAUGAUCCGAGAGGCAGAUAUUGAUGGUGAUGGCCAGGUCAAUUAUGAAGAGUUUGUCCAGAUGAUGACUGCAAAGUAAAACUGGAAAUCCAAAGGACUACAGCAGACCAAACAGUGGGCAGCACUCUCACUGUCAGCGUUCAACAAGCAUUCACAACCAUUCUCCUACUGCUUUCCAUUAGUUCUUUUCUCUCCUCUUUCCUUCAGUUGAACCUCCUCUGCUUUGCCUGUUUUUAUAGAGAACCUUUCAAAUUGUCAACUCAUUUUCCUUGUCUUCUCCCCAUUCUAUGGUUAUAAUUAUUAUUAUUAUUAUUAUUAUUAUUAUAAUUAUUAUUGGUUUUCAGGAAAAAAAAUAAUGAACUAUUUACAUACAUGCUAAGUUAUGAAACUUACAUAUGAUGGUGAUGAUGUAAUACAUGUAUCUAUUUUAAAGAUUAUAUAACAUACUAUAUGGCCAAGAGCAAUGCAUGCUUUAUUUCGUUUGGCAUGUUUCUGUGCUUCUCUGCUUGCCUCUUUUUCUAACUUGCUAGCUCUCCUUUAAUUGCAUGUUUUUCAUGCAACCUCUGCUCAGUGGUCUUAGAACUGUAUGGUGAACAACCAUUCAUGGAUAUCAGGGGCUUCUAAUGACAAAAAAUGGUCCAAAAAUGUCCACGUACUGUUAGUCUAAUAGCUACAGCUGCAGUUUUGGAUUGGGUCUGUAGAAACUACCCAGAAGAGAUGCUUUAAAGUUGAGGAAAUGUUCUGUUGAAGAUGGUAUGACCGAGGGUAGGUCAGAAAUUAAUAGGGGACCAACGAAUGCUAGGACUUAUACUGCUUCUUUACAUGUCUUAAGGAGGAGGAAGGUGGAUAUUAACAACGGGCUUUUAGUCCUAAUCGCAAGCCUGCAUUUCCAAGAUUCUUAAAAAAAUAAAAGCCCUGUUAGUCCUGUCCCAAGCAAAUGCCAUCAAUCUGUUGUAGACUAGAGAGGUUUAGUGGGUCUUACCAGAGAGGGUUUCCCAGCUGUCCAGCUGUUUUUCUACAGACCGAAUUUAGUUGUUUGGAGAGCUUGUGGUGUGAAGUUUCGUACUGAAGAUGUAGAAUAAUUUUCAUGUUAACAUAUGGUCUUAUAUUUUGAUGCUGCACUGUGUCCAACCAUGUCAUGUAGCUUACUCAGUGGACCAUUUCUGGAUUUGGAGUGGGGGAUAAUCAAACUUGUGUUUAAGCCGUGCUCAUGGUUCUUCCUGCAGGGAAGUAUGUUUGUGUGAUCCUGUCUCUCUGAAGAAGGGCUUGAAAGUAGUACAGUAUUGGUUGUGUUCGCAGGUAGGAUUGCAUUUGCUCUCUUUCUGUCCAGCAUCAUUCAUAAAGUUUAGUAAAGUGGCAAGUGCUUCUCUCAACCAUGUUACAGGUUUAGAGGCUGUAUCACUUGCUAAAUGUGUUCAGAAUUGGCAUCAGACAGUUAUAAGCAAAUGUUUUGUGUAGAUUCGAGUGUACUACAGGGGGUCACAUGGACAGUAUGUGCAGGAAGAACCAUGAACUAUGCUUCAAUGUUGCAUCCUCUAUACUACAUUGUUUUCUACUUAUGAAUGUAUUUUUUUUAUGUCACUUAACUGUCUUGUUAUAAGGGCUGGUUUCCUAGAGAGAACAUAAGCUGUGGACUGAAAAGGAAUUUCAAUAAAGAGCCUCUGGUUUAGUCCUGCACUAGGCUUAAUCUCUGGAAAGGCACCCCUUUUUUCUGCUCAUAAUAUCAUGUAGGGAAAGUUAAGUUAUGCGUUCCAUUGCAGAACUGUUAUUCUUGCUAAAUAAACUUCUGGGACUUGUGUUUCUACA